AUGGUGCCAAACGACUGCAAGCCUGACCUCAAGCAUGUCAAGAAAGUAUACAGUUGUGACCUCACGACCCUGGUGAAAGCCCACAAUUCCAAGCGACCCAUGGUGGUGGACAUGUGCAUACAAGAGAUUGAGUCUAGAGGUGAGCAGUAGAAACCGACCCACUUGUGAUGUUUUUUUUGCUAUAGGGUUGUUAUGGUUUCAGACAUCCUCCAGUAACAACGUUCAUGUUACUUUGUUCGAAUUUCCUGAGCACCUGACAAGUAAUGGAGAGGUAUGAAUUUGCACUGGUGUUAGUUUGAUGAAAAUGUAAAGCCGUUUAAUUUGUCAUUGUCUUUCUCUCCACUAUCCUUCUCUUUCUGUAGGUGUUCAGUCUGAGGGCCUGUACAGAAUCUCAGGCUUCAGUGAUCUGAUUGAAGAUGUGAAGCUGGCUUUUGACAGAGGCAAGGCCUUUUUUCCUUUGCCACUGUAUCUCAUUCAGUUACCUGCUUUCUGGGUGGGGCAGUCAGUGGGUAUCAAUUGGACUUAGUCCUUGAAAAAUGCUGUCCAUGGCCUAUUGUUGAUAUUGCUGCAAGAUUGCGGAGAACUAGGUUGGACAAAAACUGAUUUCAUUGUUCAUUAAUUACAUUUGUUUAAUUGUUAAUGGCAGUUAUCAAGUAAGGCCAAUCAAGUGCCAACUGAGUUUACCAUCUCUAGACCGGCUGCACAGCUACAAAACUAUGUAAUUCUAAGACCUCCUUUUUUCCAUAUGGAUGCUUGCAACCUUUGUGGCAUCUUAUAAUUGACUGCCCCAUCUAUAGGCAAGUUAAAUUCCUCCCUCUGUCUCCCAAUAGAUGGUGAAAAGGCAGACAUUUCUGUGAAUGUGUAUGAAGACAUCAACAUAAUCACUGGCGCACUGAAACUGUACUUCAGGGAUCUACCUAUUCCUCUUAUCACAUACGACGCCUACCCAAGGUUCAUGGAGGCAGCAAGUUAGUCCUAAACUUAGCACGAUUAUGGAUAUUUCUGUUUGAUUUUUGUUAUUGGGUGUGUGUAUUAUGGUUCCUGUCCUACAGACGCUGACUGUGUGUGCGUUUGUCGGGUUCUAGAGAUCACAGAUCCAGACAAGCGGUUGGAGGCCCAUCAUGAAGCUCUGAAGCUGCUGCCACCUGCACACUGUGAAACACUGUGUUAUCUCAUGGCCCACUUAAAGAGGUGAGACUAGAUAUCGGAGUAUAUUAUGGUAAAACAGUGCCUAGUCAUUGAGAAGAGACAAUGAUUAGAUUAACAGUCUAUUAACAAUUUUUUUUAAAUCUGGAGAUGUCUUGAUUGCAUAAAUAUUUGCGCCCCUAAAGCAAUACUUGGUGGACAGCCAUUAGGUUGUUAAAAAAAGUUUUUGGGCCACAAUUAAAAAGAGCUAAUAUUUGUAUUUCUCACACCACUUUGCAAUGAGCUGGAGGCAGUAUGCGUUUUUAAAACAUAUACUGUAGCUACUUAAUUGUUUGAAACCUGAGCAUUUUACUACAUAUUAUGAGGCAUGUUUGACCUUGCUUCGAAGUAGCCUUGGCAAAAUCUCACCAAAUCAGUGGAGGCAAUUAUUUUAUACAGAUUUGAAACCAGUAGACUAUUUCUCAUGUUCUAUUGGUUUUCAACUUUCUUUCAUUGUCCGGGAGCCAAAUGCACAUUUGCGCGUAGCCUACUGCCUUGUGCGCAUUGCUGCGCUAGUAAUGUUAAGAAAUAAUAGUAAUAAUAGCUAAAUGUUCUGAUCUGUUACCUCAAAUUCAUUACUUUUUAACGUUUUUUUAUGUCACCUAGGCCUACUGGUUGUAUGAAUUUGGGCUCUAUCGUCCUACAACUGUCCCAGAGUCUGUUUGGGCUAUUUCUUUGUCGACAGGCUGACCAAUAGAAUAGGUCAACUUUUCUACUAUGGGGUAGAUUUGCUAAAUUACUAAAUUUAUAUAGCCUAUAUUAGCCUACUCCUGUCUAUACAGAAAUAAAUAAAAUCAUUCAAAAUAGACUACUAAAUCAUGAUUUGGCCACAGGAUCAUUAGCUUCCCCUAACCUUAAAAAUAAAACAAAUUGUGGAUUGUUUUAAAUCACAUUGCCUACAGUCAGAAGGAAAGGCAGCGAGCGCUGCAAAUACCAAAUAGAUUAUUGUUGAGUUCCGACUGUCAGUGAAAGUAGAGGCCCAGCCAGGCAUAUUAAAAUAUUUCUAAAUUCAAUAGCAGGAAAACAUAGGUUGGAAAGCAAAUGGCUAUUGCUGUAAAGAGAAGACAAUGAAAAUACUAAUCUGUCUAAAAUGUUCAACUUAAUUGAGCGAACAACAGUAAGCCUAUCUUAUUGGCACCAGCGGAGAGCAUCGGCCGCAGCGGAGAGCAUCCGCCAUAAGAAAAUGCGCACUGCGCAUAUUCACACUCAUUGUUGGGUCAGUCCCACAUAAAAGUUUGUUUUUGGACAAUAAUUUCCUCCUCCAGUUUAGAUGGACGUCAUAUUCUAUUUGUGUCUCCCCUUAUCGUAGGCCUGUUAUAUGGACAAUGCCAUUUUUAUUGAUUCUUUGUCAGUUUCAGCAGAGUUGGCUACCCUGUAAUUUGUCCUAUUAAAACAUAUUCUGCUGAUGUCUCCAGUCAUAUAAAGUGUAGUAGAAUUGCAUGAAAUGUGUUUUUCCCGUGCAAAGAAAGAAGAAAUGUGUCUGAUAUAGCCCAGGCCUCUACACUAUACUCGCUCAGCCAUGCAUUGAUUGGUCUUUUUUUUGCAAACAGUGAUUGAGUAAUGAUGAGUAGAUUGGAUAGUCAAUCAUAUUACAAAUAGUAGGCUAUCUUACAAAAGUCUGCAAAUGUGAUGAUGCAUGGAAUGCUUUAUUAUAAAGGUGCAUUUUUAUGGUGAAAACUUUAAACUCACGCUUUGCCUAUGCAUAGGCUAGUGAUUUUGCUGUUCUUACUCGUCUUGUUGGCUGAGGAAAAGUAAAUGUGGACAGUUAUUCUAACAUCUUCAAAGUGCGCGGUAAGGACACACGUCGUUGCAUCCUCGACUUGCAUGUUUUGUUAAUAUUAAUUACCAUAAUCGAAAUGUGAUUUAUUUCAUUCUGAGCAUUAAAUUAAAAUGCUGCUGGUCAAAUGUCCGGCGCCACAUUUUCCUAACGGAAUCCCUGGCAUGCACGUAUUUUGCCGCUCUGUUCCGGUGAAAUCUAACAGCAUCUUUAUCUCACGUUGAAAGAUUGAUUCCUGCCAUGUCAAAUGAUUCUGUUAUGGUAUUUUAUAAUAAUAUAAUGCAAUAUAAUACAAUAAAAUAGAAAUUUUUUCCAUAUAAAUAACUAGAGUAAGAUGUUCCAAAUUCUAAUGCAUCUCCAAUGCAGUCUGCGCAUCCAUUCACUUUGUUUAUCUUGCCAUUGUGAACUAAAUUCAAUCACCCCCUUCACCAUCGUCAUUAGCAUUAUUCACAUAAUUCAAAUUCAAUCAUGAAUUGAGGAAAAAAAAUGUUAGCUUGUGGGUAGCAACGCCGUUUGUCUUGGCAAUUAGUCUCUGCUCUACUCGUUCAGCUGCCCAGAGAACAGGCUACUCUGGCGAAUUAUGCUUGUUUAAUAAUGUUAGAUCAAGGCUGAAUCAAUGUCUGCAAGAUCACAUAUUGAUAGUAUUCUAUAUAACAGAACCGAAUAUAAUAGCAUAGUAUAACGUACUGACGAGAAAACCACCUCAAUUAUGAGAUUUUAGGAUGAUUGUGUGAAUGGUCUCAUUUUUCUCAUGUGGCCAAAACUCAACAGCGUGUGCCAAUAGACAAAAUAUGUGCAUUUAUUGAAACAAAACACAGGUAUGCUACAGUUAACAUCUGCUCUAAAAUUAGCUCACUGUGCAGAAUUCAAAGCAACACUGUAGGCCUACAUAACUCAAGAAGAUCUAAAUGCAUAUUCCCAUGGAACUGAUAGAGAUCAAAUGGUUGGCAUGCAGAUGCUGCAUGGAUGUUUCACCGGUAAAACUUGAAGAAUUAUCAUUCACAAUUGACAGUGAGAAAUGUGAACAGAGGGUGACCACAAAAAUUUAGACCUAAAGAAUCGCAUGCACAACGUGAUUCGGAUCUUCAGUUCUGGGGAAAAGGUAUCCAAGGGGGGCAGGAUGGGGUGGUUACCUCCGCAUCCACAGCCUUUGCCUUAUUUUAAAUACAAAAUCAACUUGUUGUGUGACUUGUUAAGGAAGUUCUUAGCACAAAUACUUAUGCAAUCAAGACAAAUGCCUUUUUUAAUUAUUAUUAAUUUUAGAGUUAAUAUUUUUUACUAGGCGUGAUACGUUAACAGUAGGCAAUAAUUGUUUUAUGGUAGAAAACGCAUUGGUCUUGAAUGAGCAUGUCAAUGGCCCCCAAACCGGUUAUUUUUUAGCAGUUUCUCUCUCUUUGCCCUGACCCUUUCCUGCUCCUCUCCAAAGGGUAACCCAAAAUGAGAAAGACAACCUGAUGAAUGCAGAAAACCUUGGAAUUGUUUUUGGGCCCACCCUCAUGCGUGCCCCAGACCUGGAUGCCAUGACGGCGCUCAAUGACAUCCGCUACCAGAGACAGGUGGUGGAGACGCUCAUAAAGAACGAAGACAUUCUGUUUUGAAAGGGGAUGACAAACAAUGAAGGAAUCUUAAAUCAUGAGUAAGCGAUUUACUCAUCAUUUAGAAAGGAGGAAGUGACAAUUUUGUUUUGUAUAUUUUUCCCUUUGUAAAACCAAGACUUGAAGAAUAAUGAAGGAGUAUUUGCGCCAUUGUACAUUAUCUCCCACUCCCAGUGAACCCUGUCUAAAGAGAUGUCUGAUGGGUUUGGAUCACGUACCUUAGACUUGUCUUUUGCAUGUUCACCCCCCCCCCC